AUGUCGACCCUAAUAUCAUUUCUUGUUCUCAUUGCUUUAAUAAGCAUUAAUGACAUUGGUGUCAACGGUAGCUUAAAUUAUGAGACAUCUUGUACUUGUGACUCAUUUUCGGGGAAUGUUUGCACGAAAUACACUUGUAGCACUGCACCACCAUCACUGAAGUGCUUUCCUGGCUCAAGCCAACUGAUUCUCGAAGAUGGAAGCUUCAAGGCACUGUCAGCUGCCACCAUUGGUGAUCGAGUACUUGUCAAUAAAGACAAUGCCUACGAGCCGAUCAUCGGUUUCAUUCAUGCGAAGCGUGAAGAUCUCUUUGAGUUUCUUGCAAUUGAAGUACAAUCGGCCGGGUCCAACUUGACCUCUACGCUUCUUGUCUCUUGCAACCAUCUUAUAUUUGACUUCGAUUCUGGUGACGCUCGUUUCGCCGGUAAGUUUCGUGUGGGCGAUCGAGUACAAAUGCUUCACAACGACCAAAUCCUCCCCGGUGAAGUUAUCAAAGUUAAGCUGACGAAACAACAAGGAUUCUAUGCUCCACUUACUAAAUCAGGCACCAUUGUCGUCAACGGAGUGCUCGCUUCGAACUACGCUACAGUGAGCAAUCAUGCUUUAGCUCAUCGGGUGAUGGGCAUCUAUCGAUGGUGGAUUAGUCUUUUUGGAGCAUCAGCAUCGAGCGAACAUCUACCUUGGCUGAUGGAAGCAUUGAUGAGCGUGGAAAAAAUGAUACGAUGGUGUAGUGGACAAGUGUUAACUGGCAGUCACAUAUAUGAUGGUGUAUUCGAAGUGUCAACGAUCAUAUAA